CUGUUAUAUAUAUAUAUUGUGUUGCAGAAAGUGGAUUGAUUUGCUCGCUAUUUCACAAUGAAUUUAGACGAAAAUUUGAUCGAGGAAGUGCGUAAUUACCAACUUAUUUGCGAUAUCUCACACAGAGAUUACAAAAGUUUUAGGAAAAAAGACAUUGCGUGGAAGGAAAUUUCUGCACACACGAGGUUGAGCGAAUCGGAGUGCAGAAAGAGGUGGAAGAGCCUCCGGGACUUGUAUAAGCGCUUUGGAGUAGCGCAAAAGACGAAUUCCACGGCACAACAUUUUGCAUCCUUGGCAGCAAAAAUUUCGAAAGCCGGUCUUCCGCCAAACGUGGUUAGAGAGAUAAAGGCAAGAGUAUUGGCUUUUGUAUUGUGGCUAAAUGAGUAG